AUUCCCCGGUUUCUGACAUUCCUGAUCAUAUUCACCAUGUCAGCUCGCACAGUAAUCGGUGGUCGACUGGGCACCUCUGCCCUUAGCUCCCUCGCCACCCCCUCCCCGCGGAUCACAUCCCAGCAGCUUGCACGUCUCCACUCGACCGUUGUCCGUCCCUCCCCGGGCGUUGCAUCUAAGCUCUCCAUCAAACAAAAUGCCCGACCUACUCCCACAGUAUCGAGCCGUCCGGGCCUGCGGAUGAACUCCACUUCUUCCGCCGGUAAAGAUGAGGUGAAGCUCGACUGGGACUCUUUCUUCAAGCUUCGCGCUUCUCGCCGCCGAUACUCCCUCGCAUCCUCCGUUGCGACCUGCCUCGUGUCUACUACCGCCGGCGUGCAGAUUCUGUCUUCACAAGAUCUGGAAUCUCUCGGUGCUCAGGUGAUGGGUCUCGAUCCAUUCGUCGUGUUGGGAAUGGCGACAGCUGCCUGCGGUGCCGCUGGAUGGCUCUUGGGUCCAAUUGUCGGCAACGGACUCUGGGGUUUGGUUUACCGUCGGUUCACCCCCUCUGUAGCAACAAAAGAGAAGGAGUUCUUCGAUCGCAUUCGACGAUUCCGUGUGGACCCAUCGACCAACUCCAUUGCCAACCCUGUCCCCGAUUACUACGGCGAGAAGAUCGGUAGUGUGCAAGGAUAUCGCCAGUGGCUGAAGGACCAGCGGGCGUACAACCGGAAGCGCCGAAACUUCAUUGCUUGAUUUUGCUUUUUGAGACGAUUACCUUUGCAUGUUUGUCUAUACGCUUGACCCUGCAACUCGCAAAUUCUGGACCAAGGCCGGUCGCUUUCUUUUCUCUGGAUUUGGAUUGGUGUUUUGUGCUUUUUAUUCGAUCUCAUUAGCGGUCUGGGCGACCUGGGGCAUCAUAUUUUGUAUUUGAAAAUGACCUUUGAUAGCACCGUCAAGCACCAUGUUCAAUUAAGCUUAUUUACAUAAACA